ACAAGUUUUAUAAGGAGAGAAUCAUAGAAGUAUAACUGUAUAAAGAGUUAAGGACCCUCAAAUCCCGGAAAAAUAUAAACCCCAUAAAAAUCAUAAGAAAAGUCUCCUCAAUUUCUUUUUUACUACUACUAUUUUCUUGGUCUUUUUGAAACAGUACCCCAUAAUAAAAAGCUGAAAAGAAGCACCAACAAGAUCCACCUCGAACACCCCUCCUCCACCACCCACCACCCUUCACCACAUUCUCUCUCUCUCUCUCUUCCCCUCCUCCAUAUCCAACAUCUCAGCAAACAUUUUUAUGGGAAAACAAUUUCUUUCCAAUUUAAGUUAAUAUCAUAUCAUAUCAUAUAUUCAUAUCUUUAUCAUUAUAUAUGAAGUAAUCUCAAUUAUCUCUUUUUUUUUCAUAAAAAUUCCUGCAAUUAUUAUGAUUAUCUUUAAUAGUGAAACUCACUAAUUCCCUUCCUACACAAAGAUUUCCCACCAAAAACUAAAAUUAACGCAUACCCAUCUCAUAAAACCACCCCAAUUUUAUUGGGUCAAUUCAAUUUUUCAAAAAAAAAUGAGAGAAGAGGAAUCAAAUUGGUUCUCAAAAUGGGAAGAUGAACUACCAUCUCCUGAUGAAUUAAUCUCAUUAUCUCAAUCAUUGAUUACCCCUGAUCUUGCUUCAGCUUUUGAUAUCCAAAGUCCAAGCAGUAAUGGUAAUAGUAACACACCUAUAUCUAUUUUAUCUCCGCCGCAACUGCUCAGUCACUACCAUCAGAGCAGCUCAGCACCUCAACCGCCUCCUCCGCAUCCUAACUCGUCCGAGUUUGACUCAUCUUCAGCCGAGUUGGGAGGUGGCGGUGGAGGUGGUGGUGGCGGUGCCACUUCAGGUGGUGGAGGAGCUGAUGAACCAGCUCGUACCCUGAAGAGGCCUCGCCUUGUGUGGACCCCACAGCUCCACAAGAGAUUUGUGGAUGCUGUGGCCCACUUGGGUAUAAAGAAUGCUGUACCAAAGACUAUAAUGCAGCUCAUGAGUGUUGAUGGGUUAACUAGAGAAAAUGUUGCUAGUCAUCUACAAAAGUAUCGCUUGUAUCUUAAGAGGAUGCAGGGACUCAACAAUGGUGGCGGUGGUGGUGGUAGUGGUGGUGGUGGUGUUGUUUCUGGUAGUGGUGGUGAUUCCGCCACUGAUCAUUUAUUCGCUAGCUCGCCGGUCCCGGCUCAUUUCCUACACCAAGGAGGAGGAGGUCCUGGUGGUGGUGGUGGUGGUGGUGGGAGUGGUGGUAGAGGUAAUUCAGAACAUUUUAUGCCGUAUGUGCCGGUGACGGCUCUUAACCACCAUCAGAUGGCGGCUGUUGCAGGCCACCAGCAGAUUCAAGCACAGUUUCAACAUCAUAGACAGAUGGCUCAUUUUGGGUCUGCACAAGGUGGCGCACAAUUUGAUCAUCCUUUUUUAUCAAGACAAGCACAAUUGGGUCCAACUAGAAAUGGGAUGAUGCAGAGUAAUUCUGGGUUUGUGGAGGAUGUUGAAUCUGCAACAGCUAACAAUGGUGGCAGGAAAGUUCUUACUCUUUUCCCUAUUGGAGAUGAUUGAUAUAUAUAAGUACAAUAUAAUCUCUACUUUCUUUCUUUUUUCUAAGGAAAAGAAGAAGAAAAAAAAAAAAGUUUGGAUUAUAGUUGUUGUGAUUAACUUUGGGGGAUGAGACUAGAAAGAGGGGGUGUUCAUUUGUUGUUUCUAGUUACUGUUGAUUAGUGUUUAACUAGUGAUGAGUAAUUUUAGGUUGUUUUUCAUGGGAAGAGUGUUAAUUCUGGGUUCUUUGGACAUAAUUAAGCUUCCAUUAUCAUUAAUCAUGGUGUAAUUAAGGUCAUCCUAUAGAAGUGUUGUCAUUUUCACUUCUCAUUAUUGUGCAAUCUAGUGACUUGAGUAAUUGAUCAUGAUGUCACUUUUGGGGAAGCUCAGCUGAGGUGAGCUGAGCUAAGCUACCAAUCAUACUUGUGGUUUUGUGGAUGUGAUCAUUUUGGGUCCUUCUAUUAUGAUUGAACAAGAUUGACGAGGUAUCUUAUAGAGUUUGAUAUCAUCAAGAUUAUUACUUGGUUGAUCAUAGCACGCGGCUAUAGUUGUACCCAAAAAAACAACCAUUAGAAUCGGCUUAGUGAGUCCCUGCUUCCGUGAUGAACUGUUGCUUUUUAUCUCUGUGAUCCGAGCAAGGAGAAGAGGAUUGUUCGGGAUUUAUUAUCCGGUAAUUCAACCGUGUUAAAGCCUUAUUAUAGGUUGAGGUUAGCUACAUGAGUCAAGUUUUUAUCUCCGGUAUCUUCUGUCAAGCGUUAUAUGCUCCACCAAACUUCUUAUCUGGUAACGUAGGAUAAAAAAAAAACGCUUCAUCUAGAAUCCCAAGUAACAGUUCAAGUGUAGUUUUUGCAAAUGUAGUGUAAUGUAGAUGUGGUUCAUUGGUUCUUGUUGUAAAUUGUGUCAUUCUAUAUAUUAAAAACCUCUGAUUUCAUCAUAACUUAUAAAGGACUAUGUUGAACUAGUGUUGUUUU